GCGACCAAGUACAGAGAGAGAGGGGCGGGGUGGAGGGGGCAGAAUCAGACCAGAUAGUCCUACUUCCUGCCAGAAAUAAUCUGACAUCUGUCUUGACUUUGAGUCUCUCGUUUAUUAAAUACAUUUAAAACGUAUUUCACAGCUGCCAUGAAAUCAGCCAUUUGCACAGGAUUCAGUUUAAUAUUUGAUCAAGUAAAAACCCAGGCGAGCUCUUAGUGAAGCGGCUCAGGAUUCACUAAAAUACUGCGUUAUUUACUUCACUUUGACAAAACUUACCUAGUGUAACUACAUACAUACUCGGGUUUUUUUUUCAGUUUUCUGCUUGUAAGUUACACCUGGUUAUAUAUUUUUUUAAAGUUUACAGACGGACUUUGUUAGGUACAAAUAAAAGGCAUUAAGACUCGUUUUGCUUCACUAAGACACACACAGAGGGACAAACCAACUAUGGCAAAGUGUCGCCAUCUACUGGUUCUCACAUCGGCCACUUCAUUUUCACCAGGUGUUUAAAUUGAGAGAAAGUGUCGGCGUUGGGUCAGAAGAAGAAAAUGGCCGACUCCAGCAGCAGCAGUCACUCACUGUCCCCCUCGUCAUCACCGUCCUCUUCAUCAGUGAGACGCAUCAUUCACUCAGCUCUGCAGCUGUUCUGCUGGAAACAACCAAAGACGUCCGCCGCAGCCUUCGGCGUCUCCCUGACCGUCCUCGUCUCCUUGUCCAAGGUGUCUAUCAUCAGCGUGGUGUCCUAUCUGCUGCUUACUUGUCUCUGUGUCACCAUCACGUUCAGGGUUUAUAAGGCUGUGAUACAAGCUGUUCAGAAGUCAGAGGAGGGCCAUCCAUUCAAGUCUCUCUUGGACAGGGACAUCUCUGUGUCCUCGGAGACGGUCCGUCCUCUCAUUGAUCAGGGUCUGAUUCAUGUGAACUGGUUCAUCUGUCAGACGAGGCGCCUCCUGCUGGUUGAGGAUGUGGUCGACUCCGUUAAGGUUCUACAGUGUUUUUUCUUGUGUUCUCGGGGCCUGUUCUCAGUGUGGUUCUCAAACUCUGGUCUUUGUACGUUCCAGCUGGCAGUGGUCAUGUGGCUGAUGACCUACAUCGGAGCCGUUUUUAACGGCCUCUCGCUCCUGAUUUUAGCGGACGUCGUCCUGUUCAUGUCACCGCUGAUCUACCAGAAGAAAAAGUCUCAGAUUGAUGAACUGAUCAAGUCUGUUCGAUCGCGCUUCGAAGAAACACUGAUGAAGCUGCAAAACAGGUUACCUGGAGCUGUGAAGAGGACAAAAACUGGCUGAUCACCUGACCUCGGCCCUUCACUCUCAUUGGCCCAUUUUCUAAGGGGCAAAUAAAACAGUUGUUUUCUGCAUAAUAAAAAGAAUAAGUUUUAAUUUCAAUGUAAAAUAUUAAACAUGGAAGAAUAAAACACUUCACUGAUGUUUGUUCAUAAAUGUGAUGUCU